GGGGACAAGGCUGUGCAUAAGACAAUUGGUUCGGAACAUGUCUCCAUCCACCCCACUCUCUGUGGCUCCGGGCUUCAUCUUCCCCCAUCCAUGGCCAACCCAGCCCCGUCACUCCAUAGUGUCUUUGGCAUUCUAAGUGCCUUGGAAAGGGACAGGCUGACCUGCCUGAAACACAAGCUGGGGAGUCUGCAUCCAGGCAGCCUGGAGUCAAAACUUCUCCACGCCAUGGUACUCCUGGCUCUGGGCCAGGACACGGAGGCCAGGGUCUCUCUGGAGUCCUUGAAGGUAAAUACAGCAGCGCAGCUGGUAGCUGGCCAGUGGGCAGACAUGGAGAAUACAGAGGACCCUGAGGAGCCUCCAGACUUGUCCUGGACGGUAGCUCGCCUGUACCACCUGCUGGCUGAGGAGAACCUGUGCCCGGCCUCCACAAGGGACGUGGCUUACCAGGUGGCCCUUCGUGACCUCACCUCUCAGGGUGACCACCAGCUGGGCCAACUCCAGAAGGAGGCCUGGGAUCGGUGCAGUUCUCAUCAGGGUUCCCUGCAGCCACCAUCAGCAGCCCCUGCAAUGACUAGAAGUCAGCCUCGCCCCAUUGACACAUCAGACUGGAGUUGGGGACAUACGUUACACUCCACCGGCAGCACUGCCACACUGGCCAGUCACCUAGAGAUCAGCCAGUCGCCCACUCUGGCCUUUUUCUCUUCACACCAUGGAGCCCAUGGGCCCAGCAAGCUAUGCGACAAACCACUGGGCACUCAGGAGCCUCAGCUUGUCCCUGAAGGCUGCGAAGAACCUGAGAGGAGCCAGCCUCCACCAGUGCAGACCAGUAUCUCUUUGGGGUUACCACACGAAAUUAGGGUCCCAGAGGUGGCUUUGCCCAUCCUCCCUGACUCUCUGGCUGCUCCAGACACAAGUGUCCACUGUCCCAUUGAAUGCACAGAGGUGUCUGCAGACUCUAGGUCUCCCCUGACAUCCAUCACAGAAAGUGUUGGAAAGCAGUGGCCUAUCACAAGUCAGAGGUCACCUCAGUUUCCAGUAGGAGACGAUGUUCUGCCGAACUCCAUGUCAUCCAGCCCUCCUGCCCAGCCACCGUCUUCCCAAGCCUCCUCUGUGCAGCCCCCUCUGUCCUCUGCUUCCUCCCAGAGCAGCUGCCCUGCUCCCCCAGCCUCCACAUCCCCUGUUUCGGAACACUUGGAAACAUCUGACCAGAAAUUCUAUAACUUUGUGGUCAUCCAUGCCAGGGCUGAUGAACAUGUGGCCCUACGUAUUCGGGAGAAGCUAGAGACCCUUGGGGUACCUGAUGGGGCCACCUUCUGUGAGGAAUUUCAGGUGCCUGGGCGUGGUGAGCUGCACUGUCUCCAAGACGCCAUCGAUCACUCAGGGUUCAUGAUCCUGCUCCUGACUGCCAGCUUUGAUUGUCCCCUAAGCCUGCAUCAAGUCAACCAUGCUCUCAUGAACAGCCUCACCCAGUCUGGGAGGCAGGACUGUGUGAUCCCCCUCCUCCCGCUUGAGUGCUCCCAGGCUCAGCUCAGCCCAGACACAACCAGACUGCUCCAUAGCAUUGUGUGGCUGGAUGAGCACUCCCCCAUCUUUGCCAGAAAGGUGGCAAACACCUUCAAAGCACAGAAGCUCCAGGCACAGCGCAUGCGCUGGAAGAAAGAACAGGAAGCCAGAACCCUCAAGGAGCAGAGCACGCAGCUGGAGGCUGAGCGGCAAAGGGUGGCUGCCAUAUCUGCAGCCUACUCAGCCUAUGUCCACGGCUACACAGCCUGGCAAACAGAAAUGAACAGACUUGGGGUGGCCUUUGGGAAGGACUUGUCACUGGGGCCCCCAACACCUUUCCCCAGCUGGCCAGGGUUUCCGAAGCCAAUGCCUUCCCAUCCUCAGGGUUGUACUCCAGUUUCCCCCUAUUCUCCGAGGCAGCCUCCAUCCUCUUCCCUAUCCCAAUCCUUUUCACCAGCCUCCUCCCCAGCCCCCCAGACUCCAGGACCUCAGCCUCUAAUUAUUCAUCAUGCCCAGAUGGUACAGUUGGGAGUUAACAACCACAUGUGGGGCCACACAGGGGCCCAGUCAUCUGAUGACAAGACUGAGUUUGGAGAAACCUUGGAUGGGCCCUCUGACCGAGGGGAACCCCUUUCUUGAAACUCCAGAGUGACCAGGUUGGACCCCACCUAGAUUGCUAGAGUGGCAAGACUGAACUUCACUUGGGUUCUUAAAGUGAUAUUAGAGGAAGGGAACCUUGCCUGGGCCCCCACAGUGGCCAUUAGUUGGUCCCAGUUUGAGACCCCAGAGGCAGGGAAGACCACGCCUGUAAAUCAGGGCUUGGGAAACGUGCAGAACCCCCAUUUGAACAGACUCUGUGGGACCCCAACCUGCAUCAUCUCUGUGAAUAGAGGAUGAUGGGGCCAUAGGCUCCUCUGAGGCGUCCUCAGUGUGGCCAUGUAACCUUCAUAUGGUCUCUCUGGGGGAGGAUGCGGUGCUGGGGCACAUUUAUAAUAAAGUUAUUGACAGCUGAGUCACAAGCCAACGCCCCCACACUCCAUCACCCUCAGGAAACAAGCAGGUCACGCCAACUUUGCCAUGACUAGAAUAGAAAAGGGGGUGUACCAGCCCAGUCCUUGAGUGGCAGGAACCGGAAAUUAUGUAGAUAUACUCAUCCCAUUGGUCAGUUCAGGCUACGUAGCCUUCUGUUGCAAGGAAUUCUAGGAAAUGUAGUCUGGUGUGGGGGGGUGCUGCAGCCAUUCAUCAGGAAGUCUUAUAACUUCAAGAAAGGAGGAGAAAAAAAAACUGGGAGUUGCUGCCAGUUUUCAUUGUUUUGUCACUGCAGAUCAUCUUCCUUCAUGCUGAUUCCCCUCCCCAAGACAUGUCAGACUCUUAUACAUUAAACAAACAAACAAAAACAA